UUAUAAAAUUUGUAUAAUACAAAAAAAGGAUUAUAGAAAUAUAAACAUUUGUUGGCUAUCGUAAUUAAUUAAAGAAAUUUCCAGUACAUUUGAAAAUUUUAAAAUAAUGCAAAUUUUACAAAGGAACUUACAAGCUUUGAUGUGCCGACAUUUCGCAUACAGUCCUAUUAUCAAAAUUUCCAAACCACUAGGGACAAAUUUUAGUUGCAAGAAAAAUUCUAAAAAUAAAAUAAAACAAAAACUUUUGAAAUUCCCAGUUCUUAAACUAGAGGAAACUAUACCGAAAUUUUUAAAAUCUGUUCAACCACUUUUAAGUUGUGAAGAAUUUGAAGAAGCCAUAUGUAAGGCCAACGAAUUUAUGCAAGGAGAAGGCCCAGAACUGCAAAAGCUUUUGGAAGAAGUAGCUAACAAAGAAGAAAAUUGGCUUGCUCCAAGAUGGCUGAAAGUGGCAUAUUUAGGAUAUCGAGAACCAGUUACAGUUUAUUCAAGUCCUGGCAUGACAUUUCCUAUAACCAAGUUCAAAAACAAAGAUGAAUAUUUUAUGUAUACAGCCAAAUUAAUAAUGGCUUUAGUUAAGUUUAAGAAACUGAUAGAUGAUGGCAAGAUGCCCAUAGUAAAAAUGGGUAAAAAUGAAUUGGAUAAUUCACAAUUUGGGGCGGUGUUCGGUACAUGUCGCAUACCUUUGGCCGAUCUAGAUGGUUUAGAAUAUUAUCCAAAAUCUCAGCAUGUAACAAUUAUACAUAAAAAUAAUUUUUACAAACUUCCCGUUUACAAUAAAAAUAAUCAAAUUUUAAAUGCUGAUGUGUUGUUAAAACAAUUAGAAACUAUUAGCAAUUGUGAGAAUGAUUACGGAACACCCAUAGGCCUGUUAUCUACAGAUAAGCGGGAUAAUUGGGCCAAAGCUUAUAAGCAAUUAAUUGAAUCCCAUGCUAAUUGCAAAAAUAUUAAAGUUAUUCAAAAAUCUUUAUUCACCGUGUCUUUAGAUCAAGAGGUACCUUUUGACGAAUCAAACAAAUAUGUGAUCCUUGGUCAGCAAUUAAUACACGGUGGUGGCGCAAAACAAAAUAGUGCAAAUAGAUGGAUGGAUAAAACUAUACAAGUAAUUGUUAAUCCUAAUGGCAUGAGUGGAUUUUGCUAUGAACACUCCCCUGCAGAGGGUCAACCUAUUGCCAUGAUGACUGAUUAUAUAACUAAGAUUUUUUACUUGGAAGUAGAUAAUACCGAAAAUAUGUCCAUUUUAACACGCCGAGUUUUAACUAAUUUGACCAAAAAUGCCUUGUACAGUACACCCUCUAAAGCAUCAAGGGCCUUAUGUGCUACUAUGCUGCCAAGUAAAAGUCAAAGCUAUAGCACUGAGCCGAAACAACGACAAACUCUUUUAAAAUUUCCCGCCCUUAAACUUGAAGAAACUCUUCCGAAAUUUUUAAAAUCCAUAGAACCCCAUCUCACUAAGGAUGAACUGGCUGAAACUAAACGUAUCACCGAAGAGUUCCAGCAAAAAGAUGGUGCUGAACUACAAAAAAUACUUGAAAAAGUUGCAGAAUCCGAAGAGAAUUGGUUAGCUCAUAGAUGGUUAAAGGCUGCCUAUUUAACUUAUCGUGAUCCUGUUACUGUAUUCUCUAGUCCUGGUAUGACUUUUCCAAUGCAAGAAUUCAAAAGUUCUGAAGAUUACUACAUGUACACGGCCAAGUUAAUUCAGGGUCUAGUAAAGUAUAAGAAAGUAGUCGAUGAUGGUAAAGUGCCAGUGGUUAAAAUGGGAAAAAAUGAAUUGGAUAAUUCUCAAUUCGGAGCUGUAUAUGGUACAUGUCGCAUACCCUUGCCACAGCAGGACGCUUUGGAAUAUCAUCCAAAAUCACAACAUAUUGCAGUUAUUUAUAAAAACCAUUUCUUUAAAUUGCCCGUUUAUGAUAAAAAUGGUCAAAUUCUGAAUGCUAAAGUAUUGGCUCAACAGUUGCAACAAAUUGGCAAAUCUGAAACACAAGCUGGCCUUCCUAUUGGUUUGCUUUCUACGGAUAGUCGCGAUAACUGGGCUGCUGCUUAUGCUGAGCUAAUAAAGUCCUCUCAAAAUGCCAAGAGUGUCAAAGCUAUACAACAAUCGUUAUUCACAGUAUCUCUAGAUGAGAAAGUGCCCUUUAAUCAGGAAAGUGUAUAUAAUGUAUUGGGUCUACAAUUGAUACAUGGUGGGGGUACUAGUAAGAAUAGUGGCAACAGAUGGAUGGACAAAACUAUACAGGUUGUGGUUAAUCCUAAUGGCAUGAGUGGUUUCUGUUAUGAACACUCGCCAGCUGAGGGACAACCAAUUGCUAUGAUGACUGAUUAUAUUAACAAGAUUUUCCCUGAUCCCAAUGAAUUUGAAAAUGGUUCAAAUGAUAACUAUGAGCCUUUCUCCAAACUUACUUUUGAUGCAUCCGAGACUUUACAACAAAAAAUCAGUGAAGCCUCCAAUAAUGUCAAUAAAUUGGCUGAUGAUUUGCAGCUUGAAGUUUUGCAAUACAAAGGAUACGGCAAAGAUUUCUUAAAAAAUCAAAAAUUAAGUCCCGAUAGUUUUGUACAAAUGGCUUUGCAAUACGCUUUCUACAAGUUGCAUCAAUGUGCUGGAGCUCAAUAUGAAACUGCCCAUUUGCGCAUUUACUAUGGUGGACGUACGGAAACUAUACGCUCUUGCUCUAAUGAAUCAGUAGCCUUUGCUAAAUCAAUGAUGGAUGCCAAAUGUUCCGAUGAAUUGCGCGUUGAUCUGUUGAGAAAGGCCGUGAAUGCUCAUCGUGAAUAUACCACAAUGGCUUUGCAAGGGCGUGGUGUCGAUCGCCAUUUAUUGGGUUUGAAACUAAUGGCCAUUGAAAACAACAAACCCAUACCGAAAUUCUAUCAAUCUCCCGGUUUUGUUAAAAGCGCUCAUUAUCGCGUCUCUACAUCUCAGGUAGCCUCGCCUAAUGAGGCGUUUAUGUGUUAUGGUCCAUUGACACAUGAUGGUUAUGGCUGCUGUUACAAUCCCCGCAAUUCCGAUAUAUUUUUGGCCUGCUCUGCCUGGCACUCUAAUGAUCAGACAUGUGCCAAGAAAUUUGCCAAAGCUAUAAGUGAGGCCCUGACUAGUAUGCGUGAUUUGUUAGAAAGAGCCGGCGAAAAGCCCAAAUCCAAGUUAUAAAGUGGUAAUUUAUCAAACAAUGCACUCAUUAGAAUACUACUUACUAUUUGCAAUAAAAGUGAAUUUUUAAAAUAAUAAAAAGAAAUUGUUAAUAUUUUACAGCGAAAA